AUGGGCAGGAGGUUGCCUGUUGCCCUCUUGGUGGCCCUGUGGGUCAGCCAGCUGGCCAUGUGGGCAGCGGGGCACUCCAAGGUGAACCCCAGGAUCAUCACGGCUCCACAAGGUGCGAAAGAGUAUGCAUUUCCCAGGAGUGAGAAGUACCCGGUCUUCUAUCAUCAAGAAGACAGCUCAGCCAUCUACAUUGGAGGAGAGGGGAAGCUUUAUUACUACAACUUUGCAACCUAUGAGAACUACACGGAAGACUUCCCAGUGAAAAAUGAAGGACAGUGCAUGAUGUCUGGGAGUCUGGAGGACAAUAAAAAUUACAUCACAUUAGUGGAGAAGUAUGGAGAUGGGAUGUUAGUGUGUGGGACCGGUGCCUGCGCUCCUACCUGCUGGAACUUGACACAGAAGAAGGAGAGCACUUCGUGGGAUGGGAGAGGUAUUGCUCCUUUCACCCCUGACUCGAAUACCCUCGUCGUUGUUGAUGGUCAUGACAUCUACUCCACCAUCAAGAAGAGCCAGCAGAAUGGCAAGAUACCCCGUUUCCGACGAGUGAGAGGUGGUGGAGAGCUCUACACAAGUGACACGGUGAUGCAGAACCCUCAGUUUGUCAAAGCCACCACAUUAAGGCAUGAAGAGCCUUACCAGGACAAGAUUUACUACUUCUUUCGUGAAGACAACCCAGACAAGAGUCCUGAGGCCCCCAGAAACAUCUCCCGCGUGGCCCAGCUGUGUAAGGAAGAUAAAGGGGGAACCAGUUCACUUUCUGCUUCCAAGUGGACCACCUUCCUGAAGGCCAGCUUGAUUUGUGUUGACCCGGUCACCAAGGGCAACUUCAACUGGUUGCAAGAUGUCUUCUUUGUCCCUGCGAGUAACUGGCGGCACUCCAAAGUCUAUGGGCUCUUCACAAACACCUGGGGAAGCUCUGCUGUUUGCGUCUAUUCCUUUGAGGACAUUGACAAUGUGUUUCGGACAUCCAAACUCAAAGGCUAUAAUGGUCCCAACCCGGAGAUCAAGCCUGGGCAGUGCGUUUCCUCUGGACAGCACACCCCGAGCGAGACCUUCAAGAUAGCUGACAGCCACCCUGAGGUAGAGGACCGGGUUGAACCCCUCUCCCCCACCAAGAGCCCCUUAUUCCACAAUAAGCACCGCUACCAGAAAAUUGGGGUGCACGAGGUCUCUGCAGGUGAUGGACGUCACUACAAUGUGCUUUAUCUGGCAACAGACAAGGGAUCCAUCCACAAGAUUGUGGAGCUGCCAGACGGGGUGCAGAACAUCAUGGAGCUCCAGGCCUUCCCGAGGAAGGACCCGAUCCAGUCCAUGAUCCUGGACCACAAGAGGGCGAUGCUGUAUGUUGGCUCAACAAGUAAAGUCAUGGAGAUACCGAUGGACAUGUGCAGGGUGUACCGUAACAACUGUGACAGCUGCUUGCUGGCCAGGGACCCGUACUGCGGGUGGUUCAACGGGACUUGUCAGUCGGUUUAUCUAAACCGGUACGCG